AUGGCCGUCUCUCAUCCAGAAACAGAGAUCAUGCCUCCUCCGGACGAUAGGCCGUACCGCACUCCAGCGCAAUUACCCUUUGAGCUGAUCCAACAUGUUGGAAUCUUCUUUGAGGAAGAGAUGUGUCCGAACCCCCGGCACUUGACUCUGGGACGAAACCCCGCUAACAAUUUCCCUACAGACGAUCAAGGACUAAACCUGUUGUAUAACACCCUGAGCUCGGGAACAUACGCCUCUCCAAAGGUGUUUUCGCCUUUGCCACAGCAUUUAGCGCUCGCAGUCACCUUCCUCGUUCAUCCAUCAACCACAACCAGCGCCAAAAGCGACCAGCUAGAAGACCCGGCUUUUCUAGCUCUGCGCCUCCUUCGACUCCUCUCCACCCUCGUCAGCCCUCAGGAUUGCGGACUCAACCAUGCAUUCACCUUUGCACACCAGGCGUUGCGGUCUGGACGCCAACAUCGUACACUUGAAGAGGAAAGCGAUUUGCAAUCCCCGGGGCGCGGGCUAUUGAAUGUGAGACUAGCCCUGGAGGAAUCGCUGUGGUCGCGGGCGGAGGACUUUUGGCAUGCUGUAGGCUGGGCUUUCAAUUGCUCGGUGCUUCAUCCCGAGCGCUGGGAGCGGUGGCAGAUCUGGUUGCAGUACAUGUGCGACAUAAUGGAAGAUGAUUGGGCACAUCGGUUGAAAACAUACGAAGAGAUCCAAGCCCGCAGAAAGGCCGAAGCACAAGAGGCCGAAGAAGUCAGCGAAGAGAAAGUGACACCUAAAAAAGCCCGUAAUGCGGCAUCGGACGCCAAACAGGCCGGACAAUCCAAAGGCAAUAGCAAAACUGGUCAUGCGUGGAAGAAUGUUGCUCGCCAGGUGAAAUCCGACCAAAAAGCCGCCAAGAAGACAGAUCAAGAUCGCGAUAUAUUCCGGGAAAGCUUGAUUUUCAAGUUUAUCAACGCCAGUACCGACACCGGACGAAACCGACGGAUUUUGAGAGCUAUUUUUGCAGACGGAAGUACCUUUUCGGUCAAUGAGUUCCGAAAGGUGUUUAAAACUGAGUUGAAGGCUCCGCCAACGCCGGAUCAGGUUAAGAAAAGAGAACGUGAGGUCAAUAUCGACAAGGAUCAGUAUGGCGAUUACAUGACCCCAGAGAUGGACGAAGAUGACGAUGAGGAGCUCACGCCCGGGCCAGCCCGACGAUCGAAGCGCACGAGACGGGGGACAAGGACUGGAGCCGCAGCGCAGCCAGACGAUGCAGCGCAAACAUCUCUCCCACAACAUAGCGCCGGACUUGCGCCAAUGGGUGGCAUCUCAUCUCUUCGUUUGCGCAAACGGCUCUUUGGAAUCCUUUCCGAUGUCUCCAAUCAGCUCCCCCGCGAGUUCAUCGACUGGUUUGAUCUCUACACAUUAUUCGCGGACUUAAUCAGUGUCCAACCUCUGCCGAUUUUCCAGGCUCUCGUUAGCCCAUUCAUUCUCCCCGAAUUCACAAACGAGGAACAAUCCACUCUUUGCGAAAUGAUGCUUUUAGGCUUGCGGGAAGCUUCUGCUCCCUCUCUGAAGUCCGAGGGCUAUCUUAGCCAGGAGAAAUUGGAGCUUUGCUUCCUCCCCUUUGCCGCAGCUACCAAUAGCGUAGUGAAUAACACGAAGAUGUCUAUUCUUCUCGAGGCAGCGAUUAUGCUUUUGGGAAACGGUGGAUUUUUAACCGCCACGCCAUCCUUCAAGAAAGCGGUUGAAGAUGGAAUCAUUCGGAGAAGUGAGCAGACACAAGAUGGCCUGAUGUCCAGUAAAAACAGUCGAAACCUGGAACCACUUGAAUUCUCCUGGUUGCUGGAAAGCCACGAAAGACUCACCUCUCUUGCCGGGCUUCUGCCAACACAGGCUCAAAAGUAG